CAUGACCAUAAACCCCACCCUUUAAGAUCAGCGCACUGUGGACAUAUACCUCUGAAGCAUAUGGAACUAAAAACACUGUCAGUGAGAAUUGUCCUCGAAUGCACCAUGAAGUCGAGUCUGCUCCUGUCUUUAUGUGCUCUCGUCACAGUGUCUCAACAGUCACCAACUCGGGACACCUGUGAGUGUGAGCUAUCCAACGCUCAGCCCUUUCCUUAUGACAAACUGAACACAACCCAGAAAAGUGUGGCAGACUGUAACAACAAUGUCAGUCCACAGAAGACGUUGGACCUGGAAAGUCUUCUGCUGGGUUUGGAGCGCCGCCUGCCCCAGCUGGAGGAGGACAUGUCUGAGCUGGAGCAGGACGAUGACGGAGGGGUCUACGGGGUCCUGGCUCUUCACGUCAUCGAGAAUGAACUUACUGAAAUCAGACUGCUCAUGGAGAGGCUCAAUGUUACCACAGCGACCCACAGACAACAGGCCCAGAUCACCACACAGCAGAUCAGCGCCAUCAGGGCUGAACUUCAGCAGCUGGAGGCCUACGACACUCUGCAGGUGGUCAAGAGAGACCAGACCAACCAGCGUCUCAAGAGGGACCUGGACCAAUGCAGGAACAGGCAGCCCAUAGCCCCGUCCACUUUGCCCCCUUACGGAGCGUGUCCACAUGGGCGCUUCCAGAAUGUGUCUGGACCACGGAUUUUCACCGCAGGGGAGUAUCCAGGGAGCUUCAAGUACGGAGCCUGGGGCCAAGACCCAAAGCCUGAGAAGGGGAAGGAGGACUGGUAUUGGUAUGUGCCACUGACUUCCAGCAACAGAUUCGCCCAUUACGUGCGCCAGUACUCCACCCUCAGCUCUCUGGUGGUGGGCAUCAGCGUGCCUGGUAAUGUCAUGAUCCAUGCAUCCAACCCCACCACCAACACAGUGCAGGGGCCCAACGUGGUCAUGUAUGCAGGCGCGCUGUACUACAACUGCUACAACGUGGACUCAGUGUGUCGAUUCAACCUCACCAGCAGAACUGUGACUACUCUGCAGCUGCCAAAAGGAACCAGGUUCAAUUCUAAAAGUAACUUCUGCAGCCUGGAUGAGUGUUUCCCAUUCACAGACUUGGACUUGGCCACAGAUGAGUCUGGGGUGUGGGUCAUCUACACCACAAACCAGGACCAUGGGAACCUGGUGUUGUCCCGAGUGGAGCAUGGGCCAGAGGGGCUGCAGCUGGGGCAGACCUGGCGCACCUCGCUGUUCAAGCAGGCAACCACCAACACCUUUAUGGCCUGUGGGGUGCUGUAUGCCACACGCUCAGUCAGUAAAGAGACAGAGGAGAUCUUCUACUCUUAUGACACAGCCACAGGACAGGAGAAGUUCAAUGUUGGUAUCUUUUUCCAAAAGAUGUUACCCAACAUAUAUUCUCUGAACUACAGCCCAGUGGACCAGAUGCUCCACUCAUACGCCGAUGCCAACAUGGUGUCCUACAAAGUUGUUUUUGAAUAUUAAAUAAGACUUAAUAUUUUGAUUCUGCAAUGCAUUAUCUUUAGCUUUAAAGUAGCAUAGAACUGAACAUUUUAGAAAAAACAUCCUUUCUUACUCUGACUGAAUUGCACCUCCACAAAUCUGCCUCUUAUUUGACCUGGAGGAUGGACUCCUCCUGCUUGUUUCCAUGUAAAUGAUAUUAAUUUGGCUAGAAUCUUCCACCAUAUGGCAUAACUCAUCUUUCGCCAUUGAGAAUAUCCUGACGUGUCACCUCCAGAAAGUUACAUAAUGUAUCUUUUUUGUCUCAUCUGCACUUUUAUGUCACUUGUGCCCUCUAAUGUUAACAUGAUUGAUAAAAGGGUUAAAAUGUUUAAAUUUUUUACCCCAAAAAUAAAGAAAUCCUUUUUACUGUUAAAA